CGAAGUGUGCUGCUCUAGACGCGGCUGCACUUUUCAAACCUCAACUGUAAGAAGCUUUGGUCUGGGUCUGUGCUGCGGUCGCCGCUAGGAGUCACUUCAGACAUCCCUCCCCCCCGCUCCGCGGGUUACAGCUACCAGCCGUAGUCCCGGAAGAGAGACACGAGUGUCCUGGGGACCCCGGCGGGAGCGAGACGGAGCACGUCCGAGGGCAGAGCCGGCGGCGGCGCGGAGUGGCGGCCGAGCGGUAAAAACGGUGCCUAGAGAAGUGGAUCUGGGAGUUAGGUGGACAUGGCACGAAGAAGAUUUGAUUGCCGAAGUAUCUCAGGCUUGAUAACUACAACUCCUCAAACACCAAUGAAGAUGGAAAAUUUUAAUAAUUUCUAUACACUUACAUCAAAAGAGCUCGGAAGAGGAAAAUUUGCUGUGGUUAGACAAUGUAUAUCAAAAUCUACCGGCCAAGAGUAUGCUGCGAAAUUUCUGAAGAAGAGAAGAAGAGGACAGGAUUGUCUAGCAGAGAUCCUCCACGAGAUUGCUGUGCUUGAAUUAACAAAGUCCUGUCCUCAUGUGAUUAAUCUUCAUGAAGUCUAUGAAAAUGCAACUGAAAUCAUUCUGGUAUUAGAAUAUGCUGCAGGUGGAGAAAUUUUCAACUUGUGUUUACCUGAGCUGGCUGAAAUGGUCUCUGAAAAUGAUGUUAUCAGACUCAUUAAACAAAUACUUGAAGGAGUUUAUUAUCUACAUCAGAAUAACAUUGUUCACCUUGAUUUAAAGCCACAGAAUAUACUGCUGAGCAGUAUAUACCCACUUGGAGACAUAAAAAUUGUAGAUUUUGGGAUGUCUCGAAAAAUUGGGAAUGCAUGUGAGCUUCGGGAAAUCAUGGGAACACCUGAAUACUUAGCUCCAGAAAUUCUGAACUAUGAUCCCAUUACCACAGCAACAGAUAUGUGGAAUAUUGGUAUAAUAGCAUAUAUGUUGUUAACUCAUACAUCACCAUUUGUAGGAGAAGAUAAUCAAGAAACAUACCUAAAUAUUUCUCAAGUUAAUGUAGAUUAUUCAGAAGAAACAUUUUCAUCAGUUUCACAGUUGGCUACAGACUUUAUCCAGAGCCUUCUAGUAAAAAAUCCAGAGAAAAGACCAACAGCAGAGACCUGCCUUUCUCAUUCUUGGCUGCAGCAAUGGGACUUGGGAAGUUUGUUUCACCCUGAAGAAAUUUCAAGUUCCUCUCACAUUCAGGAUCAUCUGAUAAGGGCUACAGAAGAUAAGACUUCCAAAUCCUGUAAUGGAAGCUGUGGAGAUCGGGAAGACAAAGAGAAUAUCCCAGAGGAGAGCAGCAUGGUCUCUAAAAGAUUUCGCUUUGAUGACUCCUUACCCAGUCCCCAUGAACUCGUUCCAGAUUUGCUCUGUUAGCACUUUGCUCUGACUCAUUUGGACUGACUUGGAAAUUUGAAAUCUACUCUGGUCUGAGAUUGUAUUUUUAGCUUCAUAUAUGAUAUGUUUAUAUUAUAAAUGCACUUUUGCUUAGAAGAACUUAGGGAACAGUUUAAAUGCCAAGUUUCUAUUUGUUAGCAUAAUGAUAUUUUCUAUCCUGAAAGUGUUCUACAGAGAAAAAAAUAUUUUAAGUAUAUGAUAGAAAUUUAAACCGUGCAUGUGAGUUCACAUGCGGUCGAAAGAAUUCAAGUUCAGAUGAACUUGAAUUGUUUUACAUAUCUCAAAAGGGGUUAUAUUAUGGCUAGUGAAUAUUGAACAAAAUGAAGACAUUGGGAUUUAGUAUGUUCUAAGGUGAAUCCUAUACCAUGACUGUUGACAGAAUUUGUUUAGGAAAAUUGUCAAAAAAACUCAAAAUAUAUACUAUUUUAUUGAUGCUCCAGAGACAUUUUAUAAUUGAAAAUGUUUUAUAAUUACAAAUAAUUUGAAGCCAUAUAAGAUUUCCAUUAUAUACUGUAUGCUGUGUGAAUGGACUCCUUCAGUGAGAACGGAGAGGAAACAAGACUGAUCACUCUGCAUGCUGAGUCAAAGCAUGGCUUCAUUUUUCAACUCAAAUGCUUUUUGCCCACUCAGUGUACUUCAGCUCUAUUAAGGUCUGGAAGGUGGAGAAUGUGUGGUAUGCAAAUUAAGAGGUUCUUCAUCCUCUAGAAUUUCUACAGUAGAAGGGAAUUAGGUAAAACUAAACAAGUUCUAAAUUUAGUCAGUUAAACGUAUUUAUUAAUUGAGCAUAAAAAAUGUUGAGAGACUGAGGCAGUUUACAGAAGUUUGGAUGUCUCCUAAAUAUUAGAAUACAAGCCCAUCAUUUAGAGUUCUCCUUAAAAAUACCAGAGCAUCAGUAGGACUAGUAACAACACGAGUCCUCAGUAGCAUAAAACAUGAUGGAUUUAGGCACGUCUAGAGUUCUUGUUUGAAAUUCCUCAUAACUGAAGAGGUCCUUAUAUGUAUGAGUAUGUUGGUCUGAAGAGGUCCUUGUAUGUGUGAAUGUGUUGGUCUGCUGGGAGCAACACAGGUGAGAGUCUAGAGAGCCCAGUGUUGAGUCACUGGCUAGUAACUGUUAAGUCCUAAUGGGAGGGAACUUACUCAUUUGGGGGGAGGGGUGCUCAUUAAAUUUCCACUGGUGGCCAUUAAAAGUUUGUUAUAAUGUGACGUAAAGAUAACUGGUCUCAUGGAUAUUUUACAAUAUCAAACUUCAUUUAAAAAAAAAACCCUUAUAUUUCUUUAUUGAAGCAUAUAUUUUUGUCUAACAACCUGUAAAUUCUUGAAAUUGUUAGUAAACUCCAAAUUCUUUAGAUAACGUUAAACUAUUUUUAAAAGAGCAUCAGGUAUCUUUGAUUAAAUGUUGAAUUCCUUUGACAUCUUCAGCAAUUUUUAAAGGAAAAAUUGUACUUUGUAUGUGUGCAUAUGUGUAUAUGUAUAGGUGUAUGUAUAUAUGUGUAGAUAAAAUACAGCCUCUAAACUAUAUUGUUAGACAUUAUUUGCUUUGUAUGUAGUGCUCAACUCAGGUGCCAAAGGAGUUCAUCUUUUAUGAAAAGUAAGCAUAACUUCUUUAAGAAGUAAUCUAUCCAAUAAACUAAGCACUGAAGAUGCUAAUUUUAAUUCUUGUUUGUCUAAAACUGAUGAGUUGUUUCAGUUAUUCAUUGGCUCUUUAUUUGCAUCAAAUAUUAAUUCAGGUAAAGCUUAGCCAUCAGAAAAUGAGAUGAGUCCCAAAAGAUACUUCAUUGUAAAAGUUUUAGAAGUAUUAUGCCAUACCAAAAAAAUAAAUGUUUCAGUUUUUAAUUAUAAGCUACUUCUUAAGAAUCGUUUUUUAUUGAAUUCUUUUUCUCUGAGAAAUUUUUAAAUAGUUUACAUGUUUUCCCUUAAGUUAAUAGACUGCAGAGUUGUAAAUUUCCAUGCCUUUUCUUGUUACAUUGCUUUAUUAUAAAACAGUGAACUACUGAUCACACAAAGAAUUUUAAAAUUAUCCUUUGAUAAAGAUGAAUUUAAAUACUUUCCAUGAUGAAAUGUGGAAAUAAAUCUUUUGAAAGUAUUUAUUAGAAAUGGCCUAACUUUUUUCUCCACAAUUGAAAAAACAAGUCUAUCAAGAACAGAUGAUGGGGCUGGAGAGAUGGCUCACUGGUUAAGAGCAGUGACUGAUCUUGCAAAGGAUCCAGGUUCGAUUCCCAGCACCCACAUGGCAGCUAACAACUGCCUGUAACUCCAGUUCCAGGCAAUCCAGCACCCUCUUCUGGCUUCUGCAGGCAUUGCACAACUUGGGUGCACUUACCUACAUGCAGGCAAUACACUCAUGCACAUAAAAAUAAUAAAAUAUUUUUUGAAGAACAGAUGAGGUAUCUUGGUAGUGUCUAGAGAGCCCCUCUGAGUGAAUCAGUGUUGGCAAUACUAACAUAUCAGAAGAGAACUGUUAAGGGUGAUAAAAAUUGAUAAAAUUCAAAUUGAUUUUUUGGAUAGGAUCUAGUUGGGUAGGCUUUUAAAACAGAUGAUGCGUAAAUGGCAAUUAAAAUUGUCAUUCUAAUAAUUUUUCACAUUACCUAAUUGAGCAGUGGAAUUAUAAUGACCCUUGAGACAAGGCAAGCAGUGCCAGCCCUUCAGUCUAAGGGAGUUAAGGCAGUUGUGUCAGAAUAGGAGUCAACUUUUUUCUUGUGGAAAAAGUCAAUUGAACCAGCAUGUCCGGUGAGACAGUUCAUUUUUAUUCUGGCACAAGCGUUUUCAUUUUGGAUGGGUAACAAGUAGUUCAUGGGUCAUACUCUGAGUAACCUUGUUCUAAGGAGCGUUUAUAAGCAUUAGUAUCUUAGUAAUAAGUGUUAGUGCUUACAUUUCUUCUGUUAUUUUGAAAUUUUGGGUUAGUAGCAUACCUAGAAAUGAACACGUCCUUCUUGUAUAAACAAUGGUACUUUAAUUUUAGAUUGUAUAAAAAUUGUCUGAAUCCCAUUUGGGAGGUCAUUAUUGGUUUUUAAAUUUAUAAAAUUAUUUUAAAUAAUUGUAAAUUUCAUAAAAAUUACAAAUUCCUUGUCAUCUUAACUCUUACUAAAUAAUCAUGUAAUUUAAAGUAUAUAGACAGAUUUAGGAAUAUUACAGUUUGAAGAAACAAAAACUGCUUAUUUUCAACGUAAUAAUCCUAAGAAUUAAAAAGCACUGCUUUUCUUUUUA